AUGUCAAACGCCGUUCCGGAUACCGCGUAUUGUUAUUUACAUCGACGCCCUGCAACGCGUGAACCACAUUCUUCUGGUGAACCAGCCACACGGGAUAGCGCCAUCGAUGUUGAUCAUUCAUACAACAUGUGGAAAAAGGCGCUGAGUCAUCUUGCUCACGACGCUACUACUGCCACAACGGGUCAUCGUUGGCACCGUCAUUCUCGUCAACAAGUGGAUGAUCAAGAAGAUGAUCAACUACCAUCAACAGCGGAUCUUGAGCGUAUGGAACAAGAACAUCCUGAGGAAGAAGAUAAUUUCUUUGCACACCCGUUCCCACAAGAAAUGCCGAUGCCGAUGCCAGUGGCUGCAGCACCAGCCAUGGCACCCAUGCCACGCGCCAAGUUUGCCCAUAUUUCUGUACCUGAGGAUGAAUCUUCCAAUGAUACGGCUCCACCACAAGUAGAAGAAGGCGAAGCUUCAGGUGAUGGACAAGAAGCACGUAAUCACUGGGGGAAAAUGGUUGACAAGAUCAAGUUGAUAUCCAAUAUCCAAACGUUUUCGGGUCGUGAAACGGUCACCACAUCGAUUGCGCCUUAUUAUUCACCUCUUUUUGAGCCUGCCUUUAUCGCAUUUACCAAGGAUGAAUAUGGUCGUCGAAUGCCUCCCAUCAUGCCUCCGAUGAUUUCGGUUUCCGUGACAGAUUCCGAGUACAUUAGCAGCCUUAGUCAAUGGGUGUUUCGAGUCGAGUUGCAGUAUGGCGAUAUCAAAUGGGUCAUCAAACGCACCAUUUCCGAUUUUGUGACAUUGCACUACACGCUCAAGCUCAAAUCAAGCGUAUCUGAUUAUGUACCAGCACCACCCGCUUUUCCGGAUGCAUUGGCUAGUUUGUUCAACUCGGCAAAAACCAAUCUCGGCUUAGACCGCCUCGAAGAUGAAGUGCCUGAAGAAAAUGAGGAUGAGGAGGAUGCGGAGCGUAAAAAAGAAGCGGCGCUUUCACGUCGUGUUGCAUUGACAGAGUACUUGCGUGAUCUCGUGGAUAGAGCACACAUGCUUGUCAGCUAUGAUGUGUGCGAGUUUUUCGAAUUGUCGGCUGUCAGUAUUGUGCAAGAUAUGGGCUGGAAAGGAAAAGAAGGCUUCCUGGAAAACCGGGUGCGUAUCUCCAAUCCCAACAUGUGCCAUUUGUGGAAGACGGACCGGUGGAACAAGGAAUGGGUGUUGUUGCGAGAUUCUUAUGUUGCCUUUUGUGACGAUAUUGCAUCACCCACGCCAUCUGACGUCUUGUUGCUUGACAACACUUUCACCGUGAAACUAUCCGAGCCGGGUCUUUUUAGAAGCCAUCAUAUGACCUUGUCAACACGAUAUCGUGAAAUCGAAAUCAAGGGCAGCCAACGCGAGGUUGAGGAAUGGAUGGAAAGUAUCGAAAAGGUGAAACAAGAUAGCCCCUGGAUCAAGAAGCAUCGUUUUGGAUCAUUUGCACCUAUUCGCCACAAUGCCAAGGUUAAGUGGUUUGUGGAUGGUGAAAAUCAUUUCAAUGCCGUUGCUGAAGCAAUUUUGGCUGCCAAGACCGAGAUUUACAUUACGGAUUGGUGGUUGACGCCCGAAUUGUACCUCCGUCGCCCACCAGAAAAGAAUGAAGAAUUUCGCAUUGAUCGAUUACUCAAACGAAAGGCCGAGGAAGGCGUCAAGGUGUAUAUCAUUGUUUACAAGGAGAUGUCUUUGGCUUUGACAAUCGAUUCAGCACAUACCAAACAAUGGCUUCAAAGUCAACAUGAAAACAUCAUAGUGCAGCGCCAUCCGGAUAGACGACCUUUUGAUAGCCGUGAUUCCAUUCUUUUCUGGUCUCAUCAUGAGAAAAUUGUCGUUGUCGAUAAUCGUUUAGCUUUUAUUGGAGGAGUUGACCUGUGCUUUGGUCGUUACGAUACCCAUGCCCAUCGUCAUGCCGAUUACCCGGCAAAAGGACAUCAAUACAAAAUCUUCCCCGGUCAAGAUUAUUCGAGUCCACGUGUUAAGGAUUUUGCUGAUGUUGCUGCCAAGCAUGAUACCACCCUUGUCGACCGAGAAGAGACACCAAGAAUGCCAUGGCAUGAUUUGUCAUGCGCUGUGGUCGGUCCAAUUGCACGUGAUGCUGCACGCUUGUUCAUUGAGCGAUGGAAUUAUCUCAAGAGUACCAAGAGCAUGCAUCGUCCCGCUGUUCCUUUCCUCAUGCCAAAGGGUGAAUAUGUGGCUGCACGUGAUGAAAGCAAAUUCCAAGGCAAAUGCCGUGUCCAAUUGCUGCGAAGCGCUUCUAGCUGGAGUUCGGGAAUUACGCGAGAGCAUUCCAUUUACAAUGCUUACAUGGAAGCCAUCACUCAAGCCAAGCACUUUAUUUACAUUGAAAACCAGUUUUUCAUUAGCUCCACUGGUGAUGACAAGAUUGUUCACAACAAGAUUGGCCAAGCUAUUCUGAAUCGUAUCAAGCGUGCCCAUUACAACAAUGAAAAAUUCAAGGUCUUUAUCAUCAUUCCCCUUAUUCCAGCAUUUGAGGGUGACCUGACAUCCGGUGACUCAAUGGCAGCAAGAGGUGUGAUGCAUUUCCAAUAUGUCUCCAUAUCCCGUGGCGGUGAAUCCAUUUGCGAAAAGUUACGGGAGGAAGGUAUCGAGCCAUCGGAUUACAUUGGAUGGUACAGCUUGCGCAAUUGGGAUAAAAUUGUACCAAGAUUCCCCAAGAAAAAGACAAACGGCCAUGUACCAGCAGAGAACAAUGAUCAACAAGAAGACUUGUCAACCAUGUCGGAUGAUGAAAAGGAUGUGCACGCUGAACCUCCCACUGAAGAAGAGCACGACGAUCGUGAUUAUUAUGUGAGCGAGCUCGUUUACAUUCAUGACAAGUUGAUGAUUGUGGAUGAUCGUAUUGUUAUUAUUGGCUCUGCCAAUAUCAAUGACAGAUCCAUGUUGGGUAAUCGUGAUUCAGAAGUUGCCAUCUUUAUUGAGGACAAGGAAAUGAUCCCAUCGUAUUUGAAUGGCGAAUUGUACCAAGCUUCCAAAUUUGCUCACACACUUCGCAUGCAGCUUUGGAAAGAGCAUCUUGGCUUGCUUGACUUUAAUGACUGGGACGCCUUGAUGGAUGGAGACAAUCACGACGUGUUGCAAACGUGUACCUCGGAAGGACUUGGCUAUAACAGCAGCGCGUCAGGAGCAUGCAAUGAUGUUGAAGGAAACACGGCCGUGACGGAAGAUUUGGAUAUCAAGAAUUGUGAGGCGGGUGAAGCUGUACGUAUUCUUGAUCGUGUAAGCCGUACCAAGAGUAUUUAUGAUCGCUUUGGACAUGGGCCAAGAGGACACCAUCUUAAGGAAGCUGCUGCACUUGAUCCAUUGUCUGAUCGUGGCUACUACAACAUUUGGCGAAAGACAGCACGCAGCAACACUGAAAUUUAUCGUGAUCUCUUCCGUUGUGUGCCUGAUGACACGGUGCAUACCUUUGAUGAACAUCAUGCGUUUGUUUCCAAAGCACCUUAUGGCCAUGUUGCUGAUCCUGAUCGAUCUGCCAGCGAUAUUGAAGAAAAGCUCUCUGUUGUGCGUGGACAUUUGGUGGAAUUCCCGAUCGACUAUCUUAAGGAUGAAUCGCUUAUGAGCGCAGUGGAAUCAAUGGCACCCAUGGUUCUCUUUACAUAA